GUCAGUCGUUAGAGGUACAGGAUGGAGCUCAGUCCACUCUCUGUGAUGCUCUUGCUGAUUUCACUUAUACCAGUGGCCCAGGCUCAAGCAAAACCCAAACCGACUGUGAGAGUGAAUCCUCAGAGCUCCGUCUACACUGGAGACACCGUCACUCUGAGCUGUGAGCAGCAGCAUGGGACUGGAUGGGAGUUUCAGUGGUACAGAAAUAAUCAGCUGAUACAGAAUCUGAACAGUGAACAAGUUAAAGCACUUAAAGUGACAGUUGAUAAUGCAGGAGAAACAGAAUACAAGUGUCGGGCACGUAGGAAAAGCUACUAUACAUAUAGCAGCUACUAUAACAACGGCUUCUACUACACAGAGCUCAGUAAACCUGUCAAGAUUACAGUAAGAGCAAGACCUAAACCAGUGGCAUCCAUAGAUCCUGAUAAUCAGGUGUUCAGUGGAGAGACCGUCACUCUGAGAUGUGACAUACAGGAUGAAAGUGUCUCUAGCUGGCAGUACAGCUGGUAUAAAGAUGCUUCACACAGUCCUGUCAGUAGUGGACAGGUGUACAGAAUCAGUGGUGUUGAAGUGACCCACACAGGUAAAUACACCUGUAGAGGAGCAGAGAGAGGAGGUUCACGCUCCUCACACUCCAGUGAUGCUGUUACACUGACUGUAUCAGAAAAACCCAAACCGACUGUGAGAGUGAAUCCUCAGAGCUCCGUCUACACUGGAGACACCGUCACUCUGAGCUGUGAGCUGCAGCAGGAGACUGGAUGGGAGUUUCACUGGUACAAAAAUAAUCAGCUGUUACAGAAUCUGAACAGUGAACAAGAGAACACACUUAAAGUGACAGUCGAUAAUGCAGGAGAAACAGAGUACAAGUGUAAGGUAUUCAGGGGAAACUACUACUCACAGUUCAGUGAUCCUGUCAAGUUUACUAUGAGAGCAAGACCUAAACCAGUGGCAUCCAUAAAUCCUGAUAAUCAGGUGUUCAUUGGAGAGACCGUCACUCUGAGAUGUGACAUACAGGAUGAAAGUGUCUCUAGCUGGCAGUACAGCUGGUAUAAAGAUGCUUCACACAGUCCUGUCAGUAGUGGACAGGUGUACAGAAUCAGUGGUGUUGAAGUGACCCACACAGGUAAAUACACCUGUAGAGGAGCAGAGAGAGGAGGUUCACGCUCCUCACACUCCAGUGAUGCUGUUACACUGACUGUAUCAGAGAGACCACAGGCAGUACUGAGUGUAUCUCCACAGAGCUGGCUGACUGAAGGAGACUCAGUGACUCUAAGCUGUGAGGUUACAGACUCCUCUACAGACUGGACAUUCAGCUGGUACACAGUUGUUCCCUACAGAGACGGCUUAACUGGAAUAAAUAAUAAUGGUGGCUAUAGCGUGUAUGUGGAGCUCCUCUCAGACAGCAGCAGAGGAUCUGGAGGCAAAUACACUCUCAGUCCUGCUGCUCUUAAUCACACAGGAGUUUAUAUGUGCAGAGGAGAGAGAGGAGAACCAGCCUUUCACUCACAGUACAGCAAUCCACAGCCACUAUGGAUCACUGGAGAAUCUCCUCCAAUCUCUCUGAUCAUCAAUCCCAUCAGAACUCAACACUUUACUAAUGACUCUCUCUCACUGAGCUGUGAGGACCAGAGUAACUCUACUGGAUGGACAGUGAGACGAUACACACACAGUGAGAGAGUGUUAGAUUGUUCACACUGGGGAUCAGUUACAGGAUCUACAUGUAACAUCAGCUUCCUCUCCACAUCCUACACUGGAGUUUACUGGUGUGAGUCUGAAUCUGGAGAAAACAGUAAUCCUGUCCACAUCACAGUGCAUGAUGGUGAUGUGAUCCUGGAGAGUCCUGUCCAUCCUGUGACUGAGGGACAUCCUCUGACUCUACGCUGUUUAUAUCACAACCCAAAUCCCUCAAACCUCCGAGCUGAUUUCUAUAAAGAUGGAUCAGUUCUCCAGAACCAGACUACAGGAGAGAUGAUCAUCCAAACUGUCUCAAAGUCAGAUGAAGGUUUCUACCACUGUAAACACCCAGAGAGAGGAGAGUCACCCAAAAGCUGGAUCUCAGUCAGACAGAGACCAUGGGCAGUACUGAGGGUAUCUCCACAGAGCUGGCUGACUGAAGGAGACUCAGUGACUCUAAGCUGUGAGGUUACAGACUCCUCUACAGACUGGACAUUCAGCUGGUACACAGUUGUUCCCUACAGAGACGGCUUAACUGGAAUAAAUAAUAAUGGUGGCUAUAGCGUGUAUGUGGAGCUCCUCUCAGACAGCAGCAGAGGAUCUGGAGGCAAAUACACUCUCAGUCCUGCUGCUCUUAAUCACACAGGAGUUUAUAUGUGCAGAGGAGAGAGAGGAGAACCAGCCCUUCACUCACAGUACAGCAAUCCACAGCCACUAUGGAUCACUGAUGAAUCUCCUCCAGUCUCUCUGAUCAUCAAUCCCAGCAGAACUCAACACUUUACUAAUGACUCUCUCUCACUGAGCUGUGAGGACCAGAGUAACUCUACUGGAUGGACAGUGAGACGAUACACACACAGUGAGAGAGUGUUAGAUUGUUCACACUGGGGAUCAGUUACAGGACCUACAUGUAACAUCAGCUUCCUCUCCACAUCCUACACUGGAGUUUACUGGUGUGAGUCUGAAUCUGGAGAAAACAGUAAUCCUGUCAACAUCACAGUGCAUGAUGGUGAUGUGAUCCUGGAGAGUCCUGUCCAUCCUGUGACUGAGGGACAUCCUCUGACUCUACGCUGUUUAUAUCACAACCCAAAUCCCUCAAACCUCCGAGCUGAUUUCUAUAAAGAUGGAUCAGUUCUCCAGAACCAGACUACAGGAGAGAUGAUCAUUCAAACUGUCUCAAAGUCAGAUGAAGGUUUCUACCACUGUAAACACCCAGAGAGAGGAGAGUCACCCAAAAGCUGGCUCUCAGUCAGACGUGAGAAACGUUUUAAAAAUGUUUCUGCUCAUUUUCUCUCCUCAGUCUCAGGUCCUAGAUCCAGUGGUUUAACAGUAGGACUGGUUGUGGGUUUGGGAUUUUUGUUCAUCACUUUUCUCAUCUUAAUGAUCCUGCUGUGGUCCUGCAAAAGAAAAAAAGAAAUGCAGCAGAAAACCAAUCAGACAUCAGAUCUGAAUCAGAACCGGUCAGGAGCUGAAGACUCUCAGUUAGGACACACACCACUUCAGGCUGGAAUUACUAUUUAUACCAAUGUGGAUGAGUUGUGCACGAGUGGAACAGAAAGUGCUAUCUAUGCCAAUGUGGAUGAGUUGUUCAUGAGUGGAACAGGUGAUGAUGAUGAUGAUAAUGAUGAUGCAACUUAUUCUAAGAUUGAACUAAUUGCAACAGACAAAGCAAAGAGAAUAAAAGUAAGCCAUGUGUCUGUCGUGUUGAAGCUACAGUUAUCAAACACAUUGAAGGAAAAGCUGUGA